AUGUCCAAAUUAGAGAAAAGUUCAAAAUCGGGAUUUGUUAUCAAAUUAUCAUGUGAAACAGUUCAAAAGCUUACAGUGGAAGACGAUAAGCAGAAAAUAAAAGAAGAGGCAUUUAAGCCUGAUUUAGAAAAGGUAGAUAAACAAAAAAAUCAACGCACUAGUAGCACUGAUGUUACGGAUGAAAACAAACAAGAAUCCAUUUUGGAGGUUAAAACUAACAAUGCCAAAGAAGAAAGAGAAUUUUCUUCUCAAAAAAAAGUAUUAAAAAAUAGUGCUGAAGAAGAAUCAUCUACACAUAUUGACAAGGAAAAUAAAACUGAGACAAGUAACUCAUGGGGAAACUAUGCUCCAUAUGUAACUUAUGAAGGCGAUAAUGCCGUGUACACAGACCCCAAUACACAUCAAAAAUAUGUUUGGAAUCACGAAACUAGCGCAUGGGAUCCCAAAGAUAAUAGUGAAAUACCGGGCAGAGUUUAUAGUUAUGAGAAUGAUACUCAUGUGUACACAGAACAGGAUGGCUCUAAAUUCUUUUGGGAUGAAGAUAAAAAAGCAUGGAUACCAAAAGUAGACGAUGAUUUUCUAGCAUACUAUCAAAUGUCCUAUGGAUUUGUUGACAAUAGUAAGGAUGAGAAAAAAGAAGAGGCAAAGAAGGAAGAAAUUCAAAAAAAGUCUGAAAAUGCUGGAGUUAAAAGGAAAAGCGAACCUCAAUGGUUCGAACCAUCAGAUGAUAAGAAUACUAAGGUUUAUGUAUCCAACCUCCCACUUGAUUUAACUGAAGAAGAGUUUGUUAAUUUCAUGCAAAAAUGUGGACUCGUAGAAAGAGACCCCAGCUCACAAAAAAUGAAAGUCAAGCUAUAUAUGGAUAAGGAACAGAAUUGUUUUAAAGGAGAUGCUCUAUGCACAUAUAUUAAAAUAGAGAGUGUUGACUUGGCAUUGAAACUGCUUGAUGGGAGCGAUUUCAAAGGUAACAAAGUUAAAGUAGAAAGAGCACAGUUCCAACUUAAGGGAGAAUACAACCCUGCGCUAAAGCCAAAAAAGAAAAAGAAAAAAGAGCUAGAAAAAAUAAAAAAAAUGCAGCAGAAGCUGUUUGAUUGGAGACCUGAGAAGUUUAUCGGGGAGAGAUCAAAACAUGAAAGGGUUGUUAUAGUAAAGAACCUUUUCCAUCCUACAGAUUUUGAUAAAGAAGUACAGUUGAUACUGGAUUAUCAACAGGAUCUGAGAGAAGAAUGUGGUAAAUGUGGUGAUGUCAGAAAAGUGGUUAUUUAUGAUAGGCAUCCAGAAGGUGUUGCUCAAAUCACCAUGAAGGAACCAGAACAAGCGGAUGCUGUUGUACAGCUUAUAAAUGGGAGAUGGUUUGGAAAAAGACAGAUAACAGCUGAAAUAUGGGAUGGUAGAACAAAGUACAGGAUAGCUGAAACAGAUUCAGAAAUAACUAAGAGAAUAGACAAUUGGGAAGACUUUUUGGAAGGAAAAGAUGGUGACAAAGCUAAAGAAAAAGACAGUGAUAUUGGCAAACCUUCUGAGGAGAAAAUUGAAGAUAAACAUGAUGGUAAGACUACAUUAACAAAAACUGUUGAAGCAGAUAGUGAUGUAGAUACUAAGACUUAA